AUGACCAGUCCUGAGGAUCUCAGUAGUUCAGAAAUACAAGCUUUUAUCAACAAAGUUAAAAGUUUACCCGGUGGAACUAACAUUCAGCAAGAUGAAGCUGAAAAAGCGGCUCAUUUGUACCUCAGAGCUCGCAAGAGAGAUGUGGAGCGUGCUGUGGAAUUGUACAAAGCUAACAAGCGAAUGCGCUAUACGGAAAAUGUGGAUUCAAUCGAUCCUUUAGAAGAUGGAGUUCGACGUGAACUUCUAUCUGGUAAAUUUACUGUAUUACCCACUCUUCCUGAUGAUGAAAUGGAUGCAACUGUUGCUAUAUUUACAGCUUAUCGUCAUUGGCCUCCUUUAACUACACAUAGAGAUACUUUAAAAGGUGUUCUAUAUCAAUUAGAUGCAGUAAUGAUGGAUGAGCAGUCGCAAAGAAAAGGACUUGUGGUACUGUACGAUAUGCGUGAUACAAAAUAUUCCAAUUUCGAUUAUCAUCUUUGCAUCAAAUUGUUGAAUUUAUUCAAAGGUGUUUAUCCAGCUCGUCUACGUAAAGUGAUUAUCAUUGAACCACCAUUUUGGUUUCGGGCUCCAUUCAAUGUACUGCGACUAUUUGUUCGUGAAAAAAUGCGAGAUCGGAUAUAUUCUGUUGGUUAUGAUGAAUUAAAUGUACAUUUGCCAAAUUCCACAUUAAAACGUUUAUUUGGUCAAUUAACAUUAAACCAACAUUUUGAUUGGUUAUUAAAUUGUUUUAAACGUACUGGUCAUUUUUCACGUAUGCCAACUGAUUAUUUUAAAUUGUCACAAUUAUCAUCAUUAAGACCAUCUGAUUCAAUUUAUUCAGCAUUACAUAAUCCUUUAUUAGGCAAUGAAUUAAUUGUUCAACUUGAUUUAUACAAUAACAAUCAUAAUCAUGAAAAUGUUGAUGAUAAUACUGACAAAAUAAUUACUACUACUGCUAUUACUAAUGGUAGUAUUAAUAGUAAGGAUAUUUCUCUGUCUUCUAUUCAUGGAUCAUUACGUGUUCCUAUGAAAAAUCGACGAUGUUCAGAUGACUUUUUGCAUACAACUAUCACAACAUCUUCGUCAUCAUCAGCCAUAACGACAAUAUCCAGAUCAUCAUUAUCUUCUAUGAUUCAUGGAUCAACACAACCACAACAUUAUAACACAAUAAAUGGAAGUAUUUCACCAUUAUCACGACUAAUAGGGGAUACUGUUGGUUUACAAACAUCACCAUUACCACGUCGUGGAGUAUUAACUAGUAAUCGUAUGACUGAUUCAAUGUUUGAAACAUCUAAUAAAGAUUGUACAUCACCAUCAAUAUCAUCUAUGUUUCAUAAUGAACGACGUGUAUUCUAUCGAUCUGAUCGUCAUCUUUCUCAUUCCAACUCAUUUAGACACAGAACUAAUACAAUAACAACACUAGCUAAUAAUAUCAGCAGUAUUAGUAAUGGUUCAAUAUAUUCCACUCAUAUAUCUUCAUCUAAAGAUCAAUUAUAUGUUACAAAUCCUUUAUCGGAAACACGUUUAUCUGUAUCAGAAUUUAUCACUAGAGUGCAAAGUGUUGGUUCUAUUGGGUUAACUUUAGAAUUUGAUGCAUUAUUUAAAGAUAGUCCUGUGAAAGGUGCUUGUACGCGUUUUGCUCAAACAUCAAAUAAACGUCGUAACCGUUAUCUAGAUGUUCCUUGUUUAGAUUCAACUGCUGUGGAACUAUCAGACAAUACUUAUAUACAUGCAAAUUGGGUUGAUGGUUAUCGAUGUCCACGUGCAUAUAUAUUAGCUCAAGGUCCAUUAGAGAAUACAAUACGUGAAUUUUGGAUGACUGUUUGGGAGCAUAAAGUCAUCACUAUUAUAAUGCUUACCAAAGUUGUUGAAGGUCAACGUCCUAAAUGUGCAUUAUAUUGGCCAACAAGAAAUACUUCUUCCUCCAUGUCAAAAGAUCAAUCUAUUCCCCGUAGUAGUGUUCACCCAGUGGAUGCAAAGAUCACCCCAACAAUCAGUGCUAGUUAUGGAGAAUUUCAAGUGACUAAUUGUGGUGAAUCUAUUGAAGCUGGUGGUUUAUACAAACGAAGUGUUUUAGAAGUGACAUGUAAAUCUUCAGUAAAUGAUGUACAUAAUUCUACUACUCAUAUUGGUGUUAGUAGAUUAGAACGCAGUCGACAAAAAUCUAAAAUGAAUGUUCAGAAUUCUCUCAAGGAAUCCAAUGAUAAUAAUACUUUAUCAGAUAAUAAGUUAACAGUGUAUCAUUAUUUAUAUUUGGGUUGGCCGGAUUUCGAUGUUCCAGCGGAUUCAGAAGAAUUUCUGAAAUUUCUACUCACUGUUAAACAAAGUCACAAGUCAAGAUCAAAAUCAUUAUCCUCAUCAUCACUGUCAUCUUCGUCAUCGUCGUCGUCAGUAUCACCACCAACAUCAACGUCAACAGGAUCGUCAAAUCACAAAACAACUCAAUUCGAUUCUCUAUCCCCUUUACUGGUACACUGUAGCGCUGGUAUUGGUCGUACAGGAACAUUUGUUACAACAGAUAUUUGUUUACAACAAGCAAUAAAUGAAGGUUAUCUUGAUGUACCAGAUGUGAUUAAUCGAUUAAGAUGUCAACGUGCUGGAGCUGUACAAGUUGCUAAACAAUAUGCAUUUAUUCAUCAAGCACUUGUAUCACAAUUAUCAAAACAACAAAUCAAUAAGAAUGAUGAUAACCACCACAGUUGUGGUGGGGAUAAUAAUGAUGUUACUGUACUGUAA